AUGAACAACUCGCAAUUCAGGCGGCUGCUAGUCGAAACUCCAAAACCCCAGGAUGACGGCAAGGGAAAGUCGCCUGCAGCGGCAACGCCGAGGGCGGUGUUGGGCGCGCGCAAGCACUCCAGCAUACCAAUGACACCUCGCCAGGUAGGCAAGGGCUCAAUACAGUCGGAUUUUGCGCGCCAACUCGCCGAGCGCAACGCGAAGAACAACCCGCAGAAGAAGGCUAGGAAUGUAGUGCCCAAAGGAACGAGGCUCGCCGCAGGCUACACCGACCGCACGAAAGCCUACACCGACGAGGAAGACAAUGAGAUUGCCAAACGCGUCAAGAACCUCGAGGAGUCUAUGAAGAAGGGCGAGAUCGAUCGCGAGACGUUUGAGAAGCUCGUGCAAGAGAUUACGGGCGGUGAUGUCGGGACCACGCAUUUAGUGAAGGGCCUGGAUAGGAAGCUGCUCGAGAGAGUGAGGCGAGGCGAGGAUGUUCUGGGUGGCCUAGACAAGAAAGAAGAAGAAGAAGAAGAAAAAGAGGAGGAGGAGGCUGAAGAGGUGCCAGAGGUGGAAGACGCGUUCGAUGAGCUGGCAGAGGCGGAUGUCGGCCCCAUUACACGCGAGAAGACUGAGAAGAAGGGCGAGAAGAUGACUGGCCCACGUCCUGUCGCUGGCGUCAAGAGGAGUCGCAACGACAUCCUGAAGGAUCUCAAGAGGCAACGAGAAGAGGCAGCAGCAGCCGCGGCGGCCGAGCACGAAAAGAGGUUUCCCACCCUGGGACCAGGCUUCCGCAAGAUCAACGCACAGGGAGACACACGCAUCGAGACAGACGAGAAGGGCCGUGAGGUGCUGAUCAUCACCGGUCCAGAUGGCAAGGAGAAGAGAAAGGUCAAGAAGCAGAAGGUCGAGGAGCCAGCGCCCGAAGUACGCCAUGAUCUGGACGACGUGAAUAAGCCGAUCAAUAUGCACAACCUCCCUGAGCCGAAGAAGGAAGAGUCAGAGGACGAGGAUAUAUUCGCAGGAGUUGGGUCGAACUACAACCCGCUCGCAAACUUCGACGACUCGGAUGACGAAUCGGACGAAGAGACAGCGAAGGCAGAGAUUUCGAAGACAGAGCCUUCUGUGCCCAAGCUCGAUGCCGCGGGUUCACAAUCAGAAGGCGAAGUAUCAUCGGAAGCAGAAGAAGACGUUCCAGCGAAACCCAAAGACAACGCGCCCGCCGCGCCCGCCAAACGAGACUACUUCGCAACCACAGCCCGCUCGACCUCCACAGCAGAACCCUCCGACCUCUCCGCCGCCGACGCCACCGUCCGCGCCGCCCUCGCCAAAGUCCGCAACCUGGACGAAAACUCCACCCUCCUCCAAAACCUCGGAUCCACCGACCCCAACGACCCCGCAUCGAAAGAAGCGCGACUCAAGAAACGUGCUGCGGAGCUGGCAGCUUCAGAUCGCGAUAUGGAAGACAUGGACAUGGGUUUCGGAGCGUCUCGAUUCGAUGACGCGGAGGAGAUGGAGCGGGAAGGCGAGAAAGUCAAGUUCAGUCAGUGGAAGGGAUUGGGUGCCGAAGGGGACGAUGAGGAUGGUGAAGAAGGGGGUAAGGGGCCGAAGAAGGUGAGGAAGCGGGGUGGCAAGAAGAGGAAGGGGGAUAAGAAUAAUGCGGAUGAUGUGUUGAAUGUUAUGGAGAGGCAGAAGGAGAAGAAGGAGAAGACUAAGACGCUUGGUUGA